AUGUGUCGGAAUAGUCUAAAAUCCCCCCAAAGUCCUUUCCCAAGUAUCAUUGCGAAGCUCGAAUCCAUCGUUCUCCAUAUCUUGCGUGUGUUCCAACACUUCAAUGGCACUACAGUCGUUUUGAAUGCCCCCGAUCCAACGGCCAGCAGUAUACGGGCGAUUAUGACUCCUGGCGAGGUCAUGAAGGAGAUGGAUCGCCAGCUGCAUUUUCGGUGGCAACGCGAUCCGACGUAG